UUCCAGUUAAGUUUGGAGGUUGUCUUUUUUUUCUUGCUAAAAGUUUGGAGUUUGUCAAUGUGGAGCUUUCAUUCAUGUAUUAAGCUUUUUGAGUGCUGGUGACAAAACAGGCAUGUCUUCACAAGCAAUGCUAGCUACUUUGGCUACAAUACUAUGUAUAUUUUGGUUCCUAUGGGAAUUCAAGAAGAUGAUGAGUAGAAAUUACCACUUGCCACCAGGUCCCAGAGGCUUGCCUUUAGUUGGGUACCUCCCAUUCCUUGGCAAGAACCUCCACCAAUCGUUUAAUGAGCUUGCUCGAAUUUAUGGUCCAAUCUAUAAGCUAAAGAUCGGACACAAACAAUGUGUCAUCAUAAGUUCACCAUCUUUGGUAAAAGAGGUGGUAGGCGACCAUGACAUUAUGUUUGCCAAUCGUAACCCAACUGUUGCAGCAUUGGCUUUCUCAUAUGGUGGAAAUGAUAUCGCAUUUGCUCCCUAUGGCCCUGAAUGGCGCAUGUUGCGCAAAAUAUUUGCACGCGAGAUGCUAAGUAACUCGAACCUUGAUGCUUCCUACACCCUCAGGAGAAAUGAGGUAAAGAAGUGUAUUAGAGAUAUGUAUGGCAAGGUUGGAACAGCAAUUAAUGUUGGUGAAAUUGCGUUUUCAACCGUGAUUAAUAUGAUCACUAGUAUGUUUUGGGGUGGCACAAUUGAAGGAGAGGAAGGGACUAAUCUUGGUACAGAGUUUCGUGCAGCAGCCAUGCAACUGACAGUUAUAUUGGGAAAACCAAAUGUUUCGGAUUUCUUUCCAACCCUUGCAAGGUUUGACAUACAAGGAGUGGAGAGGGAAAUGAAGAAGGUAUCACUUUGGAUUGGGAGGAUCUUUGAACGUGUUAUAGAACAACGGAAAAAGUUGGGCAGCGUAAAACAAGAGGGGCCAAGAGAGUUUCGUGGCAAGGACUUUAUGCAGUUCCUCCUAGAUUUCAGAGAGCAAGGCACUGGAAAAUCAAUCUCCCUGGCACAAAUUAAGGCCAUGCUUAUGGACAUCGUGAUCGGUGGUACUGACACAACAUCAACCAUGGUCGAGUGGGCAAUGACAGAAAUGAUCCUACAUCCAGAAGUUAUGAGAAAAUCCCAGGAAGAAUUAACAACUGUGGUGGGUAUUAACAAUACUGUUGAAGAAUUCCACAUACCCAAAUUGGAAUAUUUGAAUGCAGUGGUAAAGGAAACGCUAAGAUUGCACCCAGCAGCCCCAUUAUUACUGCCUCGUUGCCCAACACAAUCUUGCAAUGUGGGUGGUUACACAAUACCAAAAGGUACAAAGGUCUUUUUGAAUGUCUGGACAAUGCAUAGGGACCCAGAGUUUUGGGAUAAUCCUUAUGAAUUUAGACCUGAGAGGUUUUUGGGUGAUGGGAUCAAAUUGGAUUACGGUAAUAGCCAUCACUAUCUUCCGUUUGGGGUCGGAAGGAGAAUUUGCGCAGGGCUUCCCUUAGGUGAGAGAAUGUUGAUGCAUGUGUUGGCUUCAUUGUUGCAUUUGUUCGAGUGGAAAUCACCGAAUGGUAUAGAGCUAGAUUCUUCAGAAAAUUUUGGUGUUGUUUUGGAGAAAUCAACACCUUUAUGUGCUAUUCCAACGCCUAGGUUAUCCAACUUAGAGCUAUAUGCAUAGGACAACAAGAUACUAAUAUCACUACAUUGGGUAUUCGAUAAUACAAUAAGUUCAUAGGAUCACAAUAAUUAUGUGACGGUACUUUGCACUCAUGGGGAUGAGGGGUUUGUAACUCUGGCAGUUCAUACUCUUUUUUUACCCACGAGAGAUCUAAAUUCUGUUGCCCAUACUUUUGCUAAAUGUUCUUGUGAUAUAAAUAUAUAGUUUUAUCAGUUGUAAUAAUAUAUUCUUCCAUCCCAGCUUCUGCUUGGGAUGCUUGGAAGACAGACCUGCUUGUUUCUGCUACUAUUGGAGUUUGAAUGAAAGUUGAGUUUAUUAGGAAUACAAAUAAAUAAAAGUUCAUGCUCUUUUUGUGACAAGUCUAAGCCAA